AUGUUUAUUGUGGUACAACGAGAUUUAAUACUGAAGUCUCGAUCAAAUCUCGUGUUAUCUAUCAUGGCGUCUUACUCUGGUUUGUUUCUCCAUUAACUUUCUUCUAAAUUUCUUUCUUCCCUUUUUCAUUUGAUGUAAUUUAAAGAAGAGGAGAAAAUAACUAUAAUAGAAAAUAAGCUGUUGUUUGUGAUAUUUUGUUCAUCCAAAUAUAAACUCGUGGAAGCUGUGAGCAUUGACAGUGUGUUUUAUAAUGAAUCCGUCAUCAUCGGCUUACAGUGAUGAUACAUAUUAUCAUCAGCAUCACCAACGUGGCCAACAGAGUAGACCACUACCUCCAUCACCACUACCUCCAUCACAACAACAUCAACCAUAUGACACAAAUAAUGACAACUUCUCUUCCAGACCCUACGGCGAGAGCCAACGUACGUUCCGCAACUUUCCCCCUAGCGAACAACAGCACCGGGGUACCAGAUAUAACCAUCCUGAUGAGGGAAAUUAUUAUAAAGAUCAUGACUCCAAAAACUACCCCCCACCUUACGGCCGAACUGAAGGAGCUUUGCCACCGUAUAAUUAUUCUGAUCAUCCAAGGUCUAGUAAUACUAACAACAACAACAAUAACACGAGGAACAUGUUACAUUCGAACUCUCUUCCACCAAUCACUAAUGACAACAACUACCCGCCGAAAUACAGCAGAAGCGGUUUCAGACCAGAACAGUUUCCUAACACUAACUUACCACCACCACCACCGCCGCCACGCCCACCGCCAUUACACAUGCAUCAACAAGUGACGACAAGGUUACCGUCACAGCCACCACCGACUCGUCCUCAACCACCGCUGCCACCACCCAUCAGGGACCAAGCUGGAUUCUACUCGGGAGUGAAUUACAUUCCCCAACAGAAGAACGUUGCAACACCAGAGUAUCCGGCCAACUUCAACCUGCCCCCUUUCCCCGGCCUCGACACAUCGUGUCCCCCACCUUCCCUGCCGCCUCUGCCACCCCUACCACUACCACCGGUGAUACCCCAUACUUCAUCUGCCCCAUCCUCUGCUGGUCCAUCACCACUGCCUCCACAGUACUUGAAACCUUGUUCUGCACCGAUGUAUCUAGGAACCGACAGUUCUAAUUCCAUUGUUUCUAGCAUCCCAUCCAAUGCCACUUCUGUUCCCCCUCCUCCCCCUCUCGGUCCCAGUUUUAUUUCUCCCCCGCCCCCUCCUCUGGCCGACACCUUAAAUACGAAUCAAUUACACGGGGAUAAUAAUUUUAACACUCCAUCAAACAGUGGACUGUCUGAUGUGACUUUAGCGACAUCAAACUUCAGUGUUCCACCUCCUCUGACGCCAGUUUAUGGGAACAGGAUCCCACAAAAACCUGACAGUUCUGUAGAUUCUGAAUAUUCCCAAAUCGAUGAUGCCUUACAACUCCAAAGACAACAAGACAAAGAAUGGAUUAAGCAAAAGUUUUCCACGAAAAUCCAGGACCGGCCUGCAAAGAAACCUUCAACCAUAACGAUCUGGGAAUCACAGAAUCUUGUCCGUCAAAUGCUGCUGACUGCUGGACAACUUCAUAAAUUAAAGAAAACCCUAGAGAAUAUUCAUGAAACUGCCACUGAAGAGGAAUGGUUGGCUGAAAUUAGAAAAAUCGAAGCAACAAAGGAGACAUUGGAAGAUUUACGUCGGAAAAUCACUGAUAAAAAUCUGAUUGAAGAACUGGAAAAGAAGGUGAAAGCAAGACUAAAGAAAAGGGCGAGGCUGAAACGCUUACGGAAAAAAAAAUAUGAAGAACGAGAAAGGGCUAUGUCUUUCAGGAAGGAACUGCAUCGGACCUUGGAUGAUUGGAGAGAUUCCAUAUCUCAGAAAGAACAGCAAAUUAAACAGGAGAAAGAAAUGAAAGUGGCUGUUGACUCAGUCCUGGGUGAAGUUCGUAAGAAGAAGUCUGAUGUUGCCAAAAUGCUGGAACUGAUUGGAAACUUGAGUAAACUGAGGAAAAUCCGCAAAGAGAAUGUUGCUAAGAAAGGCUUAUAUACAUUAUUCCAUUCUGAUAAGAAAUUUGAGGAAGACAUCUCUGGCUUACAAAGGAUGCUGAAUAACCAGAUGGAUGUCUAUGAAGCAGAGCAGCGUACCCUUAUGGUAAUGCUGGAAUGUGAACAGGAAGAGACCAAAGAACGUGAACGGGCAAAGUCACACAAAGUUAAGAAAGAAAUUGAGAAGCGAGAGAAGAAACGCGAACUACAACUUCUGUUUGGCAAAGAUGUCAUUGAUUCAAUGGAUCCUUGUUACCCUUUCCUGAAAUACUACACACAGGCCAUUGACAAUUGGGAGUCUUUUCUGCAGAUUCGGAGAGACUGGGAUUGUUAUUUGGCACCAGAAACUGCACCCGGUGCCAGUCGGAUCCCUGAUACUUGGGUUUUACCCCCAGAACCUUCAAAUCCAGCCUGGGCACGUUUUUUGGAAAGCUGAUAUUUUCCUGUUGUAAAUAUAAUCUGCAAUUGACUGUGAAUAAACUUAUUUCUUUAAGA